GCUGAUGUUAGUCUGUGGUCCAUUUAUGAAGAAAUGGGAAGUGGUGUAUGUGUUGUGAAUUUAUCGAAAAUUAAUUAACAUAAAUCAGAAUUAUUUAUUUAUCUACAUAUGAAAUGUUAACUGUGUUUUAAUUAGUUACAAAAAUGAGUGCUCACGGGACAAAUGUGAAUUGUGCCAGUGUUUGAACUCCCGCAAUGAAUUACACUGGAUCCUUGGAUCCGGUGGCAGAGAGAUGGAACUCCUCAGCCAUAGACUUUGCGGAGAUCACCAUGGACCGCAACUUCGCGCUGCUGCUGGUGUCACUGGUGUCCGCGAUGCUGUGGGUGGUGUACAUCACCUACUACAACAGCAGGGUGCUGGGCUACAUCCUCACGCGACUCAUCAACCGAUUCUAUUUCCAGGAUGAAAACUUCAAGAUUGGCUCAUUUACACUGAACGCGUUGUCCGGCAAAAUCAUGUUCUGUGAUAUAGUCUACAUAAACUACGACUACACGCUGCGCAUUCAAGACGGUUAUCUCAUAUUCCGAUGGUGGCGUUCUUACGUACCCAAAGAUGUGUCUGAAGAUUUAUCGCACUCCGACACCCGUCUUUCUAUAAUGCUAAACGGUUUUGAACUGCACUUCUAUAAUCGAUGCGACCUUUACGCGGAGCUCGAGAAAACAUUCGGACUCGAUUCCGUCAUCAAACAGCAACACGACGAGGAUGACUCCACCGACCGCGACAAAGCUAUGAACGACGCGAAUGAAAAACGGAGAAGGGCACAAGACACAGUCCGAUCCGAAGCAGCGAUGGCCAGAACCUGGAGAGAUCUCAUACCCGUUAUAAAGAUCGACGUUUGCACGGGACGUGUUGUAUUCGGGAACCGCUUAGUGCCUACAACAUUCUCUGUAAGCGUUGAAGAGGCUCACUUAAUGUAUAGUACGAAACCGCCCGCGUCAAGUUUAGAUCAUCUUAUGCAUUUCGUAAAAGCCAAAGCCGAGAACUGCAAAGUCAUGUUAGCUCCCAGUCCAAACUAUACGUCAAUGGUUGACGAGCCACCGAGGUAUAUGGGAGAAGGAUUUGUUGUUAUGAGCUCGAAUUAUAUUGAGGUUUAUUUCUACAUGGAUGAACCUGGGUUGGUACCUGAGGAACCUGUUUUACUACAACUGGCCAAUGGAGAUAUAGUAGAGUCUGCCCCACCAAUUUGGGGACUGGAUAUUAAGUGCGGAAAAGGAACAGAUUUUAGCUACGGACCAUGGGCCGAUCGACAGAGGGAUCACUUGUUUAAGUUCUUUUUUCCUCCAAACUACAAGAGCUUAGUUGUAACUCCCCAACCGAAGCCUGGCGAUAGAAGGCAGAUGCAGUCAUUUGAUAUUCGAUUAUCAACAUUAAAUGAAGCGACAAUAGAUAUCUUAUUCACGAAAAAUAAAGAAACAAAUGCAGUUCACAUUAACAUAGGGGCUGGGUCAUACCUUGAAGUAACAUUACCUUGGAUCGUCUUACAAGAUGGAUACACAACGAAAAUUACUGGGCAGCUGUUACAUUUAGAAGCCACUACUAGUCUACAAUACAGGAGCUUAGCAGAAAGUGAAACCCUGGAGUACACAGUCAAAUGCCACUAUCCGCUUGUGUGGAAUCAUCAUCAGUGCUGGCAACUGUCUUUGACCGGAUGUAAAGCUACUGCACAUUUCGUAUACACGCACAUUGACUUUUUUCAAGAUCUCACUAAUGAUUGGUCUAGCAAAGCACGCCCGGAUAUUCUUCAUUUUGUUCCAUACACAUGGAAAAUAACACUUCUUCUAAAGGAGUGUGAAGUGGUGACGCUAAGCAAUCAGUACAACUGGGUCGAUUGCAGCUCCACUAAUCAAGAAAACAAUCACGUCGCCUUUUGCGGCGAUUUGUUAGACGUUUCCUUUGAUUUGCCAUUUAUUGACUUCUUGCCAGAUGUUAUACCUCUGAAGAUAUGGGUUCAAGGUGAAGCUGUCGAUAUGAGCCUAUAUUUGCCUGAAGUAAACACUUCAAGGUUGCUUUUGUUGUCAAUUGACAAAAAUAUGAAACUUGUGCCUUGUCGACUAAAAGCGUCAAAGUGGCGUAGAAAAUGCGUAAAAACACAAGGAUGGGUAGACUGCUGGUCUGUUCCUAUUGUGGCAUUGAGCGUCAGAUACAACUACCAUCCUAUACCACCCUUAGGCCCAGAGCCACAAGCAGAUAUCACAACUCCAGAGAAGGAGGAAAUUUUAUUAUCGCCCAUGAGAAUACCGCGAAUGAGGAAGCAGCCUCAGAUCAAUUGGGCCAUCGACGGAAAUAAUUUUGAUCGUACAACUCUCGCCCCAGAUAAAGUGAGUGUGGAACUUGAAGUAGGGCCUUCAAUACUUCUGGCUUAUGGAACCAUUAUCACGAGCUUCAUGAAUUUAUUGGAAAAUAUAUUCGGUGAAGAUCAGAUAUUCACGGAUAUGCAAAAAGCCCCAAAUAUGGACACUUAUUUUUGGUCCAAUGAAAACCCUUCUAAAGUAAACGACAGAAGUAGCAUUAAUCAGCACACGGAAAUAUCAAUAGACGAAAACAGCGAUUCGAGUAAAGGCCCCUUUGAUCCGCGACGGGUCCGACCUUUAGAUGUGUCUGUAUCGAUAAUAAUACACGACAUACAAGCUCACCUUGUAAAAAAUUGUAGCGAAAAUGAACCUCCCUGUCCAGUUGUGUUGAUUGAAAGAUUUGGUUUCGAAAUGGACAAGAGCUUUCGGGAGACGAAACUUCAGCUUCUUCUGAGUCCAUCAAUUCUAGUAUCAUCCAAUAGCCCAUCGCGAUCAGGAUCAAAUGGUAGCAACAAUUCCAGCGCACUACAAAAUGGCCAUCUGAUGCUUUCAUCAUUUCAAUUACGAGGAAAUGGUUUCUUUAGCGACACAAAUAGAUCUGUGGAAGAGGAGACAAUCGAGUACGCUUGGAUGAUGGAACUUCAAUUAGGCCAAUUGACUGGUCGACUGACUCUGCCGCAGCUGUAUCAGAUAAUUUCAUCCCUCGAAACAUUUUUAUUACUUAUUUGUGACAAUGAAAACGAGCUGACGGCUCCAAAUACUGCUAGACAAUGUCAUCACGGUUUGAACAAUGUCCUCUGCCCAGAAACUGAUCUCACUCUCAAGUAUCGUUGCCCGACUUCCAACGAGAUUAAAUACCGUAUGAUUCGAGUGGCUAUUGACCUAAUAGACUUGUAUAUUGCCGAUACGAAUACAACUUUACAGUCUUGGAUAUCUCCGAUUAGAUUAUCGUUUUGUAAUCUCCAUGGAUCUGGAUUCGGAACCGGCAUUACUGGAUUACUGCCGAAUAUAAAACUAGCUCUCUUCACUCAAACAAAUAUGCAAGCUAAUACUCAUCAUCAUUCCAGUGGUAGUAAUGGUAGUCAGAGUCAGAAUAAUAAAGUGCCUGAUAGCGAAAACUGGGUCGGCGUGGGUUCAAUGUCUCUGGGCCCUCUAUUGAUAGAAGCGGCUUCGUCAUUACCGCAAAGUCCAAAAAAUAUGCACUUGGUGCAGCAGAAAUUUUUGAAGUUACAUGAUGACAAAUUCAAAAGGUUGUGGUUCUUGUGGCCAAGCGAAGGUAAGGGUACACAAUGUGGCUGCACUGGUGGUUGUGCAUUUUUCGGAUCUAACAGAAACGGCGCAAACUUUUUAAAGCCCAGUCCAUCUGAUUUGCACGAAGGCCUCAACAUUGCCAUAUUUAAUAUUAUUGAAACUAUUCCCGGGGAAUAUGGCUAUGGUCAAAGCUUGUUACACCAAGGGCAGCUGGUGUUCCACACUCCACCCUACAAUAGUUUGAACGUAUGUCUGCAGCCUACGAAUGUAUCAACUCUGAUUCCUUCCCCGCUGCCUCAAAAUCUGAGCAAAUCACCGCAGAGCGCCGAAAGAAGAAGCCUCACUCGUAGAUUUUCUUACACAAGCAUGAGCAAAGGAAGUAACAAUGUUUUGGUAUCGAGCACUAAAAGUGAUGUUCCUUAUGCACGUUUAGUGGACUCGAGUGCGCCUCUAGGAAGUUCUAAAAUAGACAGCGACUCCAAAUUGAAUAAAGCAGUUCUAAACGUACCCCAAAUGGAAAGCAGCGUUUCUGAUUCUAAGUUGACUCUAAGUUGCGCGGCCAACGGUGCUAACGUUUCUAUUAAAAAGCAGAUACCAUCGGAAAACGAUCAGUUUGUAGUACCUAGAAUGCCAUCUAGAAGUGUUGCGGUGUCAGAAUCUCACUACUCACUUAAUUGUCAACACCCUCAUGAAGAUGCUGUGAUCCAAGAAGCACAACGAACCAUGUCUAUAACGAGCGAAAAUCAUUCCGAGGCGUUCUUCUCGGCCGACGAGGAUAUGUUUCCUAGCAGGUCCUCGAGUUUGAAACAUUCCUUCGGAAGUCGUCACAGUAAAGACAAAGUCGCAUAUGCAAUCGUCGAUGCCACAAAUGAAAAAUGGCUUAAUAUCGCACCUCGAUCAGAAGUGGCACCUGACACAAUCAGUAAUUUAAGUGCAGGCGUCCAACCCGACUCGGAAAGUGGUUCAGUAUCAUCGACAUCCUUUAUAUCUGCAAUUUCUUCUCAGGAAGACAUGACUCUCGUGAAUCUCCACAUGCAAACUAACAAACCUAUAGUAGAUUCUCCUUUACUCAUGUCAAGCUAUAUGUCCAAUUUACCGCAAUACAGAUGCUGCAACUGGUCUACCUGCUCUUUGCCCAGCGGUAGUGAUGUGUUUACGCUUCCCUUGUUCAGAAGAGCCGAAGAUGGUUCUCUGGUGUAUGUAGGACAAAAGUAUAUGCCCACUUUCGAACCUGUCGGAAAAGUUCACACUUUAAAAUUAAUACCUAGAAAAGACGGGCAGAAUCAAAACCAAAAUGGCCCAUUUUCUAAUGUGGCACCGCACUUUAACUCUCAAAUCAAAGCGCAUCCUUAUCCGCAAGCUUGGUGGGAUUUACAACAGAAUGUUCAAGAGAACAACCAAGAGAACACUACAGAUAAAAGUACAGCGUCAACAAUUACGACUACUAGCGACAGUAAAAACGGUGUUUAUGUCAAAUUGCGAGGUGAAAUCGAUGUGAUGUUGACACCGUUGGUGUUAGAAAGCACCCAGAAGUUCGUGGAAUCUCUAACCCCAGUUUUAGCAAACAUUCAUCCCAUAACUGUUAUCAAUCAUUUACGUUUGCUUUGCAUUUCCUCUGUGGAGUCUUCUAAUAUACUGAAACAAAAGCAAUAUGUUCUCAACUGGCUGCCACAAAUGCAGGGCCGCAACGGUUCGAGUAUAAUAAUGGAGAAAGAUGACAAAUGCAAGCUUGCAACGAUAACCAAUUCAAACGUAUACGAAGAGACAAUAUAUGAUCAAUUACAAGCGACGGUGACUGUACCUAAAGUUAAUAUCAUUUUCAUCCAAUCUUCGGUCGUCGAAGACAUGAUAUCAUUCUCUGCCCUUGACAACAUCCAAGAUUUGACUUGUGUAUCCUUAUUUGGUGUAUCUGUGGAGAAUAUUGUAGCUAAAUAUACGAGUUCUAAGAAAACUCUGGAGUCGGUGCAGCUGUAUUACCGACCAACGUUGCGAGCCUUAGGAAGCAAGAAAUCGUUUGGUAUCAUGAAGGGUCCGCGAGCACUUAUCACACAAUCCUCCGGACGAAAACGAGGACCCGAGAAGGGUGAACCUGUAUACAUUGAGACGUCACAACAGCAGUGUGAAGAUACUACAAUCACCCUAAAUAUUGGAAAAGUCCAUGGUCAAUUGAGACGCACGCGCAACGAGUCGUCACAGUUGAAGGAUGCGGCGAUUACCGGUAUUCCAUGCCAACAUUCUAAAGUCGCCUUCAAGUUUAUCCGGGCCGAUGCUUGCGCUAAAGGAUGCGACUCUAUUGGUUGUCAAAACGGCGCAUCCGACGGACAAAAAGAGAAUGCAAUCGGAUACAUUAUGUUCGAAUGCGGCAUCGAAGGCGUUUCUGUCAAAGUUUCCCAGCAUUCGCAAUCCCAUAAAGUUAACGAGGAGAAGAAACCCACGAGAACAGAUAGUGAGAGUUGCAGGGAAUCGGUCAAGUCCGCGGAAGAACUGAAGCCUGAUAAGGAGAAGUCGAAGCGUACGUCGGGGAUCGAGGAUUUGUUCAGAAAGAAGGAGUCGAAUUCCAAGCCUAGCACUCCAAAUCUGGGUGCAGCUCAGUCUCCUCAAGUGCCCCCAGUACCCCCAGUACCACCGGAGCCAGCCACUCCGGUCCCCGAUGAACCAUCCAACAAUGAUAGUGCAGCCACAGUGGUUCCGGUCAAAGACAGCGGCAAUACUUCGUCUUGCUCGAUAGAUUUGAAGGUUGUUUGGUUCAACUUCGCAGCCCCGCCACGGACACCCAUCACAAAGAAGAUUGAUUAUACCAGAUUGGACUGGAACCUGCUGAGCACGGCGUCGCCCGCCAUCAACGCGUGGAUGAACCCGUGCAACCGGCUGGGCAUCCGCGUGGUGGCGCUGUACCGGGCCAGGGCGCGCCGCCUCGCCGCCACCGCCGCCAGUCUCAUGGCCUCGGCGCUUGACAGAGCACCCAAUCACACUCUGCCGAAGAGUCGUUACGGCAGACACACGCCCAUGGCCAAGCAGCUGCGCGAGGAGCCGUCGCUGCAGCUGUGCGCAGUGCUGCUGCGGUACGCGCUGCAGGCGGACGCGGCGGCGGUGCAGGCCGACCUGGCGGAGAGGCAUCUGCCGUCGCUGUCUACUCUCAGACAGGGCGUGAUAGUGUUGACGCGGCAGUGGAAGAACAUCCUGUACACGCCGCUGCUGCUGGAGCACAACUACAAGAGCAAGGUGAUGAAGCCGCUCAACGUCACCUUCGCCUUGCCCGACCUGCUCACAUACGCGGAAUGUCAGGGCGGGAUAGUGUUGACGCGGCAGUGGAAGAACAUCCUGUACACGCCGCUGCUGAUGGAGCACAACUACAAGAGCAAGGUGAUGAAGCCGCUCAACGUCACCUUCGCCUUGCCCGACCUGCUCGAGGACUCAGUGGAAGGCUGGCAAGAGUAUCAGUUCGACAACGAAGGACUCGACGAGAACUGCCUUUUAUUGAAUAUGGAUGUCGACAAACUCGUGACUUCAUUACCCACGACCGCGGCGGCUGCGUGCGCGCGCCCGCGCUCGUUCCCGUCCACGCCGCCGUCUGUGCGCGCCGUACAGACGAGCCGAGCCAGCCUAGUUUUCCCGUCGCUGCCCUUCACCAGGAAAACGCCUUUCCAAGAUGACGCCAUUGCCAAUUAUGGCACCCUAAAGGAAGAUUUGCCGACAGUGGGCUCGAACCCCUCGCUGUACUCGCAGGGGAGCCAAGACAACAUGCACAGCGACCGCGCGCGCGAGGACCUGUACCAGUGGAUGGCCAAACAAGAACCCAUUAAAGUGGAGUCGAAGAGCAAGAAGCAGAUAAUCCCGCCAUCAAAGAUGAACCCUCGCGCCGUGGCGGCUUCCAUGCCGGCGUGCAGUCUCUACCCCCUGCAGGGCUCUCUGAUGCUGUUGGACGCGCACCUCGUGUUCCAGCCCUUCUUGUCUGCUCUGGGCGUGUCUCCCCAUCAAGUUGCUCACGGAGAGUCGAAAGUCAAAGGCGUGGGCGCGGAGGCCGGCUCGGGGCUGGAGUCGCUGGGCUCCAAGCUGUCGCUGCUGGCGUGGGUGGACGUGUUCCGCAUCGACAUCGUGGUGGGCGAGCUGGCGAGGGACAGGCGCCAUCAGACCAGCAAGGGGAAAGCCAACGUGCCCCAAGAUCAAAUUCCAUCCGAGACGCCGGCGUUCCUCUGCGAGAAGAUCUCGAUAGACGUGGACCUGAAGAAGGUGGCGGACAUGGCGGUGGACGACCUGAUCCAGCGCCAGAACGUGCUGUACAUCUCGCGUGGACAGCUGAAGAAGCACAUCAGCACCAUGCUCAACUUCAACAUCAGCAUCCGAUUCAUAUCGCAGCAGGUGAACAUGCCACUGCUGCGCCUGCUGCACCAGAUCAGCAACAUGUACCAGAACGUGAAGGACACGCAGAGCGAGCUGCGCACGCAGACCAACACGUCGCGCCGGCACAACAAGCACCCCUCCGUUUCGGACUUCCCUGAAAACGUAGUGAGCAUGUCCUCGCUGGAUAAAGACAGCCAGUACGCUGUUCUUGAGCCGAAAUGGGACAUCCCAGCCACCCUGGGCCCCGAGCUGGUCACCGCGCUGGGAGCUGACAAGGAGACGGCCACGCCACCCAGGCCUAGACCGCAGUCCUUCGCACAAAAAUUGAGAUCUACUGGAAAAACUGUUAAAGGAAAACUUGGCUACAGCUCGCUGAACGAGGGCGCGCACACGCCGAUGUUCCCGACGGAGGCCGCGCCCGUGCCGCCGCCCGCGCCGCCCGGCUCCGGCCAGCUGGCGCCGCGCUGCUGGCGCACCGUGUACCUGCUGCUGGACCUGUACGCCAACAUGCCCGACGCCGACACCAUCACACACAGGUUUUCGGUGUCGACGGAGUUGCCCGAGGCGUACCGCGGCCGCGUGCGUCCGAGCUCGCGGGAACAGAACGCUUCCAACUCUUCCUCCAGUGCCACUGCCAUGGGCAUGGUGGUCGUCGGGGUGGCCAGGAUCCACAGAACGCGCCUGUUGGCGUCUCUAUCGGGGUUGAAGUUGGAGGCGGAGAUCACGUCCCUGCAAGCGUCGCUGUCCGCGUCACGCGCGCGCCAGUGGUCGCUCAGCGGCAACCUGGGGCGGACGGCCAUCGUGCUGCUGGAGGGGCCGGCGCCCAACCACCAGACGGUGGUCCGUGUGAGCGUGGGCAAGAGCCAAGCGCUGUACACGUGGGAGGGUGGACGACUGGGCGCCACGGCGCUGGCGUCCAUCGGCAGCGUGCGCGUGGACCUGCCGCAGCACCCCGUGGCGCUGCACGGCGUCAUGACGCGCUCCAGCCGGCAGCUCUCCUCCACCCUGCAGCCGGCGUCCAUCGGCAGUGUGCGCGUGGACCUGCCGCAGCACCCCGUGGCGCUGCACGGCGUCAUGACGCGCUCCAGCCGGCAGCUCUCCUCCACCCUGCAGCCGGCGUCCAUCGGCAGUGUGCGCGUGGACCUGCCGCAGCACCCCGUGGCGCUGCACGGCGUCAUGACGCGCUCCAGCCGGCAGCUCUCCUCCACCCUGCAGCCGGCGUCCAUCGGCAGUGUGCGCGUGGACCUGCCGCAGCACCCCGUGGCGCUGCACGGCGUCAUGACGCGCUCCAGCCGGCAGCUCUCCUCCACCCUGCAGGAACUAGGCGUAACUAGAACUUCGUCUCGUCUCUCUCGCGGUGGAGGAGUAGGAGGGGGAUUGCCGGAAGAGGAGGAAGAGAGAAGUCCCCCUCCCGCACCGCGGCCCACACCUCCGGCGCCGCCUUCGGAUCCCCUGCUGCAGCCUUUGCAGCUACAGUUCUCACUAGUAUUGCAGAGCCUGAGCGUGACGGCAGCGCUGCUACCGUCGCUGCAGGCUCAGUACAAGAUGGAGCGCGUGCACAGCGCGGGCGUGACGGCGGGCCGCGCGCACUUCACCGUGGACCUGCCGCACCACUCGCUCAGCUUCGUCACCAAGCUGCAGGUGACAGAAGCGAACAUCCCGGCCGCUGCGUCGGUGGCGCUGCCGGCGGUGUCGUGCCGCGCGCGCGUGCUGGACUGCGGCGAGCCGGCGGCCGACGCGCGCGCCGAGCAGCAGCCGCCCGCCGACGGGGCCAACGGCGCCGACGCCGCCGACGCCGCUGAUACCGGCCAAGCGGCGCCCGAGGGCGUGGUGCUGCGCGCGGGCCGCUACCUGUCCGCCACGGCCGACAUCGGCCUGUUCGAGCACACGCUGUCCACCGACCUGCUCAACCACCUCGUGUUCGUGCAGAAGGUGUUCAUGAAGGAAGUCAACGAAGUAGUUCAGAAAGUGUACGGAGGAGAAAAGCCUGUGCCGCUGUGGAACGAAGAAGAGGUGUCGUCAUCUGCGUUCAGCAGAAUACUGUUCUCCCUACUCAUCAGAAUCAAACGUAUCCAACUGACGGCCACGACGCCGAGCAACUCGGCGGUGCGGCUGGAGACGGGCGCGGUGGAGUUCGAGCUGUCCAACCGCGUGCAGAACGUGCCGCAGCCCGCCGGCCCGCACGGGCUGCGGCUCUUUGCGCGUGCGCAGGUGGACGUGAACCUGAGCCUCGGCCAACUGAUACGCAACGCGAUGUUCGAGGAGGCCGAGCCCGAGUUCCAGCAGUACGCCUUCUUCAACACCAGAAUAGCGAUGCGCAACGCGUUCCAAGACGAGAUAGUGUGCGAGGACGACAAAGAAGUGGUGCUCAUCACCCUGAAGCGGCCGCUCAUCUACAUCCAGCCGGUGGCGGUGGACAAGGCCAUCCUGGUGUGGCUCAACUACAAGAACGCCUACGAGUACUGGAACGAGAAGCGCCUCAGCCUCACCAAGGAGGUCCUCACUGCCACUCAGCAGGUCUUCGAAAAGGUGCAACUGACUUCCAACAUAUCCCCGCCCCACCUCAGCACGUUGUUCCUGCAGCUCAACGUGGACGACAUCGGCAUAUGUUUGCCGCUCAACCAGCCUCCAAUGUCGACAUGGGGCCGAGGGUACGAGCUGGACUCCCGCGGGGCGGUGGUGGUGACGCUGGAGAGCACCAGCAUAUCCGCGUGCAGCUCGGGCUCCCUCGUCAGCAAGGGGCGCUUCGUGGGGCUCUGCCUGCGGUUCGCCGACGACUUCGAGGCGUCCCUGGACGACUGGAAGCCCGACCCCGGUGAAGCGUGCAUCAACGUGUGCGCCGUGUCCGAGGGGACGUACGAGGUGUGCAGUCGGACCACGGCGGCGAAACAUAACGAGAACGCCAAAUGGUUCCUCAACGUGUCGUGGCAAAUGGAAGGCGUGGACAUUCACCUCGACGUCAACGUCGGCAAACAGCUGUCAGCGCUGGGGCACACGCUCACCAUGCUCACAGGUUUUGAAGAAGAAGAUCCUCUCAAAAUGGACUAUGAAAGCGAUUUGGAUGACGAAGCGGACAACAGCAAAGAUUCGCAGGAGAGCAUAGUGUUCCGGCGCAAGUACACGGACCACCUGCCCGCCUUCGUGUUCGACACCAGCAUCGACGCCAAGAAGCGCUCCAAGCUCAUCGAGAAGGAGAUGACGGAGCAGGCCAAGAUCAUCACCGACCUGCGCUCGCUGGGCGCCUCGCACAGCACCGUGGAGUACGAGAUGCGCAGGCUGCACGACCUGGAGGCGCUCGUGUUCAAGGACUUCCGAAGGGACAUGAUCCAGAAGCUCCGGCGCCAGAGUGUGCGCGCCAGCUCCAUCACCAAGGGCAAGCUGGGGCUGGGCUCCAACCGCAGCCACUCGUUCGUGUCGGCGCCGCCGCCCGACGAGCCGCCGGGCGCGGGCGUGGUGGGCGCCGAGUCGGGCGAGACGCUGCUGCUGGCCGAGGACGACACGCGCCUCGCCGACAUCAUCGAGGGCGCCUCGUGGAGCUCCGCUGACAGUGACCCUCUUACAGGCGCAGGUCCGUCGCGCUCGUCGUCGCUGCGGGGCCCGCGGGGCGAGGCGCGCGAGGGUCGGGAGGCGCGCGGGCGGGUCACGUUCCAGGGCGGCGUGCAGCGCCAGAGCUCGCUGCCGGCGCCCUGGCCGCCGCACCUGCACCUGUCCCGGGAGAGCCUCGACACGGGCAGCAGUCGCGCGGCUUUGGGCCCGAGCCAGGCGGGCGAGGCCAAGCCCAGCAAGAGCAAGACGACGGAGCCCAACAUCGACUUCGAGCUGGACGUGAAGGUGCACAUCAACAGCGGCAAGUGCGUGCUGCACACCAAGGAGCCCGGCCGCGACGACGACGACAAGAUCGGCAGCAGCAAGUCUCGCGUAGGCCGGUCAGCGUCGGGUGGACUGGGAGACACGCGGCGCGCGCGCCUGCCGCCGCCCCCCGACCUCACCGUGUUCCAGGUCCCCGGCCUACAGCUCAAGGUACAUUACGAAUCAAAGACCCUAGCAGAAGAGUCGGCAUCUCCUCAGACGAUGCCCAGCGCACCGCUCAACCCGAGCGCGCGCAAGGUCGGCACCAAGAAGGCGUCUCUGUUCGCCUGGAUCACGCUGCAGAGUAUACCCGAGGAGACCAUCAUCAGCCCACAUAUCCUAGAGUUCCUCGAGCAGACCCUGGAGCCCAUUCCCACGAAGACAUCCUUCACGGCUCCAACUGAGACAGAGAGCGCACGCAACCGCUCGAGCGGGCCCGCCGGCGAGGGCGCGGACGCGGGUGCGGACGCGGGCGCGGGCGCGGGCGGCGCGGAGGGCUACGGCCAGUACGUGUACGCGUCGUUCCCCGUCGACGUCAUCGUGCACUUCCACACGCGCCCGUCCGCCUUCCGCUUCAGCUGCCUGCCCGCGUCGCGCGUCGAGUGCCUGCUGCAGCUGCCCAGCCUGCAGAUCGUCUUCAGCUCCAAGCGGGCCUCCGACGAGGAGAUGGCCGAGCCAGCGAUCGCGAUGGGCGGGCUGAGCGUGACGGGCUGCCUGGCCGACUUCUCCGUGUACAUCUUCCACCCGUACGGCGGCAAGAAGUCCAGCCUGAAGGAGGCGCAGUGGUCGCCGCUGGCCGACACCGAGCGCAAGGAUUCCCUCUCCAUCAACGUGGAAUUUGUGAAGUUCCAUCUGUCGCGGUUCAGGAAACUUGACCUGCACGCUGACCACGACCGAUCCAAAGCUACCGUUCGGUUUUCUACAAUCGUGGAUGUGGGUUCGGCGUGGUUCAAGUACGACAUGCGGCGGCUGAGCGAGAUCCUGGCGUUCCCCAAGGCGUGGUACCGGCGCAGCAUCGUGCGCAGGCUGUUCCUCGGCGACGUCAGCGUGCACACUGCGCAGUAUGUGGCCUUGCUAUCAUCACAUACUAUAUGGCUCGAGUACGACAUGCGGCGGCUGAGCGAGAUCCUGGCGUUCCCCAAGGCGUGGUACCGGCGCAGCAUCGUGCGCAGGCUGUUCCUCGGCGACGUCAGCUGGCUCGAGUACGACAUGCGGCGGCUGAGCGAGAUCCUGGCGUUCCCCAAGGCGUGGUACCGGCGCAGCAUCGUGCGCAGGCUGUUCCUCGGCGACGUCAGCCAGCAAUGGACGCGGCUCCAGUGGCUCGAGUACGACAUGCGGCGGCUGAGCGAGAUCCUGGCGUUCCCCAAGGCGUGGUACCGGCGCAGCAUCGUGCGCAGGCUGUUCCUCGGCGACGUCAGCGUGCACACUGCGCAAUCAUCCAGUACCAACGUCCCCCUGUCGCCUGUGCUGCCGCAGCGCGAAAAGGCGAAAAUGGCUGAACCGCAGAAAUCCAAAGAAGACAAGUCUGGCGGCGUGGCGUGGGAGACGCUGGUGCUGUUCGCCGUCAACUUCGAGCGGCUCAAUGUGCACAUGAACAUGGGCAACGUCAUGGGCAACGUCAGCUGGCAGUCGCGCUCGCUGGGCGCGUGGGGGCGGCUGAGCAUCGGCAGCGCGCGGCGGCGGCAGGUGGCGGGCUGCGUGGCGCUGGGCGGCGCGGCGCUGGAGGCGCGCGGCGGCAUCGUGGGCGGCUCCAUCUCGCUGGCCGCCGCGCGCGCGCACGCGCUGCUGCAGCAGGAGCCGCCGGCGCACGUGCUGGCGCUGCGGCUGGCCGCGCUGGAGCUGCGCCUGGAGUACAUGGGCGCGCCGGCGCUGCUCGCGCGCCUCAGCCGCCUCGCUGCCGCGCUCAGCGACCGCUGGCAGCCGCCCGCCGCCACGCCCUCCGCCAGCCGACCGGCAACCAUCCUGGGCCACGGCACCCUGAGCUGGCAGCAGCUGCAGAUCGCCAUCAGUCGCAGCACCACGCCCGACCUGCUGAAGAUGCAGCUGAAGCUGGAGGAGUUCUUCACGCAGCAGUUCAAGUCGGGCAAGCGCGUGUUCUCGUCGCUGCACACCGGGCCCUACCCCACCAGGCUGCCCAGGGAGAAAAGAGAACAGGCAGCAGCAGCGGCAGCGGCGGCGGCGGCGGCGGGCAGCAGCGAGCCUGCGCAGCAACAAGCGGAGCUGCGCCACCACCGCCACUGGCAGAAGGUGCUGCAACUCAUCGCUGCGCAUCCGCACGACAAGCUGCAUCCGCGCGGCACAGUGCUGGGCGGCACGCUGGAGCUGCAGGGCUCCAACAUCUCGCUGGCGUGCUUCCACGGGAACAGCCUGAAGGCCAAGUCGUGGGCUCUCUUCAGUCUCAAGGACCCUUGCAUCAGCUUCGCCACCGAAGCGCAACAGAUCGAAGACGAAGAUGGUUCCCCAGAAGUCCACUGCGUGCAGUCACUCACGGCGAGCCUGGGCGAGGGCGCGGGCGCGGGCGCGAGCGCGGGCGCGGCGGCGGGCCACCAGUCGCUGGCCACCGUGUGCCGCAUGACGCGCACCGUGCUGUUCCCGCCGCAGUUCAAGACGCUGCACGAGUGGUUCCACUACGCCUUCGCCGACAGCGAGAUCGAUGCAAUCGACCAGUUCCCGUCGUUGGAGCGCGAGAACACCGGCACGACGGGCAGCACGGGCAGCGGCGGCGCGCCGGGCGGCAAGGCCAGCGAGCGGCACGUGCGCGAGGUGAUCUUCGCCCUGCCGGCGCUGCAGAUGCACCUCAGGACCAGCCACUUGCAGAAGGCGCAGCCGCCCACUGAGCACGAUCCGAAGCCGGUGGUGGAGUGCAGCUUCAUCACGGAGUUCGAGGACCACAUCUUCGUGUCGGUGGACGCGGAGGCGUUCCUGUUCCUGCACGACCUCAUCUCCUCCUACAUCAAGGAGAAAGAGCGAUUUGUGAGUGUUUUGCUUUUGCCAAAUUGUAAAGUAAUGCAAUUUCCACAUUGCGCAGAUCCGAAGCCGGUGGUGGAGUGCAGCUUCAUCACGGAGUUCGAGGACCACAUCUUCGUGUCGGUGGACGCGGAGGCGUUCCUGUUCCUGCACGACCUCAUCUCCUCCUACAUCAAGGAGAAAGAGCGAUUUAUGCCGGGGCGCAGCGGCGAGGCGCCGGCCGCUCCGCCGCAGGACUACCGCGACUACCGCUGCCUCACGUGGCAUCUCGAGCCCACCGUGCGAUUACUUUCAUGGGCGGGCAAGUCGAUCGAGCCGUACGGCGUGGACUACAUCCUGCAGAAGCUGGGCUUCAGCCACGCGCGGACCACCAUACCCAAGUGGCUGCAGCGCGGGACCCUGGACCCCGUCGACAAGUUGCUGGCGCUCGUGCUGCUGCGCCUAGUGGGCCUUGUGCCCGACAAGUGAAUGUCGACCUUACGGUGAAGUAUUAACGUUCAGUUUUGAUCGAAGACUACUUUUUGUAGAGAGAAAUGGUAUGAAAUAGAAGGGAUAAAGAGUACAGAAAUAGAUACAUUUAAUAAAUUGCAUGUUCGAAGCUAUUCGUACCGAAAUCCACUAAAAGAUCAAAAAUUUAUUCCUAAGUUGAAACGUGAGUUUUGUGUCAAAUAAGUGAGUUUUGUACAAAAUGUUUGUUUACUAUUUGAUUUAUACCUAGAGAAAAAGGUAAUAAAUGUAUAUUUCAUAAUAAAUGUUCGUGGAAAAACGAUGGCAAUAAUGAAUGAUUGCUUAAGUAAAUAUGCCAAGUAAAUUUAAAUACACUAACCGAAACGAAAAAUUUACGUCUUUUUCAGUAGUCUAAAUUAAAUGUAAAAAAUGGUUUUUAAUUCUAUUGUAUAAGCUAAAAUUUGUUUAUACUUUAUAAUAUUUACUAUUUUUGUAUUAAUUGUAUUGAAUAAAUAUUUCAUUGUUCACCAAAUGAGAGAUUUGCUUGAGGCAUGUUUUGAACAGUUAUACCUUCCAUAGAACAUUAGCUGUUAAUGCCUUGUUAGCAGAGUUUUGUUUAUCUAGGUUAACCUUUCCAGCUGUAGAAGUUUUGGAAAUUUUAUGGAUUUCUGGUUCUAAAUUCUCAAUAGGCUAGUUGACACUUUUUUAAAAUGUCUUAAAGCCUUUCCAGCCUUUCCAGCUGUAGAGGUUUUGGAAAUUUUAUGGAUUUCUGGUUCUAAACUCUCAAUAGGCUAGUUGACACUUUUUUAAAAUGUCCUAAAUAGUUUAUUAUCGUUCUACUAGACUAAAAAAAAAUUUUCAUACUUUUUUGAGACGUGAUUAUAAAUUAUGAAAAUAUGUUUUUAACAAUACGAGCCAAAACGCCUGUCGGUCAUGACAGUCUAUAUUUCAACUGUUUCAUGACGUCACUACAAUAAAUCCUAUAGAAAUGGAACGUUUGACAAAAAUAUUACUUAGUUAAAAAUUAGUUCGACAUUUAGUACAUCAAGGGUGUUAGUGACGUCACAAAAUGGACGACAGCGUUUUUGACGUUUGGAAAAUUUUAAAAAAUAUAUUAUAUUUAAAUUACGUUUUAAAAGAAAUCUUUAACUUUUAUUAAUUGAUAUCGAUAUAUUUCGGACCCUUAUUCCAUGUAUUACACGAAAUUAAUAUUGUUUAUAUUAAAUUUGAUAUGAGUCAACUACCCUAUUGUAGUCUGGAGUUAAAUUUAUGCCUUUAGUACCCGUCUAAAUCAUUAAUGCUUGAUAAAACUAUCAUUACAGUCAGUAUUGUCACUGAAGGCAUACUGCUAAAACAUAGUGGAUCUAUGGUCAGUAUUAAUGACUUUACUAAACUCAAGAAUACAAAAAUGAGUUUAUAUUUAAGUUCCUUACUUUAUGAAUAAACAUCACAAUAUUAUGAUCUCAAGUUGCUUGUACUUCAACUUCGAUAUUAAGGAACGUCUAUUACAUCAGACCUAUGAUCCUAUAUUAAAGUCCAGGAUUAUACAGUGGGACUUUAUUUAUGUUUAUGGUGAAUAUAUUAUGUGAGAUUGUCUAGGUAGAGUAGUCUGGAAAAUAACUUAAAAUUGUAUAUACCAUAAAUGUAGUUCAGUUUUCUAAUUAUUAUCAGAACCAUAAUUAUAAACUAUGGGAUGAUAGUUGUAUAAUAACCAUUGAUUAAUGUUAGCGUAAAGUAAAGCUUCGUGCACACUGACUCUUGCUUUCUAUAUAUGCGUUGCUUUUUAACUAGAAUGUGAACUAUUAUGCCUAGUUCGGAUUACUUUAGUAUUUUAGUCGAGUACGAAAAAUUUUUGCAUUUACUGCCCAAAAGUCGUUCGUACUGGACUAAAAUACUAAGGUAGUCCGAACUUAGGUCGGGUCUGUCAAUAUUUCUUUUUAAUUUAGUGAAUAUACACGAAAAAUUAGCUAUUUUUAGUUUUUUUUUUUAAACUAUUGUUAACUGAUCAAAAUUUCUAACUAUUGUGUAUAUAUCUCGUUAACAAUGUGCAUAACGAAAAAUGCUGUUAUUAUUGAUUAGAUGUUAAUUUUAUUUGUUAGCUAAUAGACCAACGUAAGUGAGCAAGUCAACUGGUCGAAUAUUUGGGAUCAGUUAUGAUUGCUUCUAACCCUAGAGGGAAAAGAAAUAUUUCUCUUUUAAAACUUUUUGCGUACCGUAAUAAUAUCAAUAUUGUACAAGUGUAAUAAACAAUAUUUGUUUAUUAAUAGAAAAAAAAGCAAAAAUAAAAAUGCAUCAGUGUGCGCGAAGCCUAUUUAAUGUGUCUUUUAUAAACAUGUUUAUGUGCCUGACACACACGAUUUUUUUUCAUUUUUAGUGCCUCUGAUUUAUCUAAACAUAUUAUUGCGUAUUGACAGAUGAAGUGAUUUUUAGUUUUGUUAGAUGGAGAAUGGAGGCCAUUUAAAGUACCAUAAACUUAUUUGUCCCGGUGAGUUUCGUCCUUAAUAUAUGUUUUAGUAUAAUGUUUUGCAAAAUGGCGAUGAGUUUUGGCCACAGGUUCAGAAAAGUAUGUGGCACCAUAUAUUUGAAUUGUUUUUACUUAGCAUUGUACUUGUAGUCAUUUUCAGUCACAUUUCAGUGUGACGUCACGUCUUUAACUUCGUUGACUAUACAAGUACGGUGUAUGAAUGUGCCUAGAUGCCACGUGCCCGGUAGUAUUAAUUGAGAUAUUAUUAUUUUUUAAUAUUUGAUUUCGUGUUUCGCGUCACAAAGUAAUGUAUAAAGUAUUAUAUCAAUGACUUCGCAUGCUAUUAUGUUGCGUUGCCGUCGUUGUAGACUGGUAUUAUAGUAGGUGUUAGUAUAUUGUUCAUAGAAUUAGAACACAGAUUAAAGAAAAAAUAGACGGGAAUUCUUAGAAAACUAGUUUUUUAAAGUAAAUACAAUAUUUAAAGAUAUCUAUCUAGAGAUAUUUAAAAUUUAUAUUACUUAUCUGGAUUUUUGAAUUGUUAAUAUCUGUACCUCGUCUUUUUAAAGUAGUUUCAGCAAACCAAUGCCGUUAUAACAAUUAUGGUUAUUGUCAUAAUUAUGUUUGGCAGUAACAUUUCGAGAUAUUGAUUAAACCGUAUAUCGCCGAUUUUUUAAUUCGAUGUCACUAAGUUUUUUUUUUAUAUUUUAUUGAACACAAUUCAGUCGUUCAUAAACAUUUGUAAAUCAUGAAAGUUUUAUUAAUUCGCAUGAUAAAACUAUUGAAGUAUUAUCAUUGCAAUAUGCAAAUUGAAUUGAUUUACAAAUCACAAAUCAACAAACAUACAUUGUGUGAUCAAUAAAAUAAAAGUAAAUUAUCAGAAUAAAAUUUGCGCUUUGGGUGUUAUACAGUAAACCGAUUAUACCUGAUUAAUCGGCUUCUUCGUAGUAUUAUUUCAUUAUUAUACAGUUUCUUGUCUAUUUUUCUAUUAGUCUGUGCAAUAGACUGUUAUCAUUAUGGCCUAUUUAGAACCGUAUUCCAUUUAAAAUAAGGGUCAAUGUAAUAUGUUACUCGUAGGUGUGGCAAAUUAGUAGAAUUUUUAAAUUAUAAACGAUUAUGAAUGACAUUUAUUAGGAUUUCUUCAUUAUUAAAAAAAAACGAAUAUAAAUUUAUUUAUUUUAUGUGGGAUGGUGAAAUGGAUAUGAAAAAAUGCAGUGAAUGUUUGUAUUAUUGAAAAUGACCAAAAAUUAUAUUAUUAUUAAUUAUUAUAAUAUAUCAUUUUGAAUAUGUUUGAGAAUUAUUUAUUAAAUUAAUGAAUGUGGAUAUUAUUUAGAAAUAAUGAUUAUAGUGGAAUUUAUAAAAUAACUUUGUUUUAAAUAGUCGUAUAUACUCUGUCCAUUGUACUAUACUUUAUUAAAUGUUCGCGCUCAUAUAAAGUAUGGGGUUUUAGUUUAUAAGUAAGUAUUUUACUUAUUAUGUCGAGAACUGUGACAAACUUAGUUUUUGGGGCACAGAAUUAACCAUAGCAUUAGUAUUUGAUAUAUUAGCAUUUUCGUUAUUUAAAGAUUUAAAUUCAGGUCAGGUCGACUAGCUGAUAUAGCACUUAUGAUUUACUAUUUCGAAACAAAAACAAAAUCUUCAAAUAAAGCAUAGUACACUGCUCAAAGUAUAAUGAUUUCAAUCGGAAGGUAGCUUUAUUUAAGUGAUAUUUUACAUGUGAUGGGUAUACUGUGGUGCCUAGUCGGUUAUAUAACUAACUAAACUAUACUUUAUAAUGAAAAUAUUAUUAUUUUUAUAAUUAAAAAUUAUUAGAAAUUGGAGUCCAAAGUUCUACAUUAUACUCAAGUAAAGAACCUUAAAAGCUCCGGUCGGUGUGAAUCGUUUUCGCGAAAAAAUGGUACAAUAAAAUUGAUUUUUCAUUGCACUUACAAUUAUUUAUAUUACCCGGCAUAAUUUACCUCCUUUUCAAAAUUUAACAGAAAUAUUUAAUACCCAGUUUUAAAGUGUAGUUUAUAAUAGUUUUGGCUAAUGAAAGUAAACUGAAAUCUCCCGAAAAAUUAUUGAAAUAACUCAGUUUGAUACAUGGAAUUUGAUUUUUAUAUGUAGGUAGUUUUUACACAUGCGUUUUUUAAACAUAAGUAAUUUUUUUUUUAAUUUGCCAGCAAUUUCAAUCUACUUUCGGUAGCCAAACUCUAGUAUGACUGACUCGGCGCCAGGCAAGUCGGGCUUCUUGUAUUUUAAUGAAUAUAUUUUAUUACGGAACGUGAUUUGUACAUAUUAUGAAUGUGAUAUGGAUAAAGUUUAUUAAUACAAAA